UUCCAUUCAGCGAAAUUGUGCAGCAGAGGUAUUUCCUGAAAGUAUCAGCUAACCUCCUUUUUGUCUUGCAUGAUUGUAACUGAGAGCAGAAUCUAGAUUAGUGUGUCAGUCUGUGAAGGGAAUUUCCUGCUAGAGACCUUGAGAGAAAAAAAAAGAAGUGGAAAAUAAGGAAAAUUAUUAUGAUGUUAGAUCAUGAGUUAAUGAUUUCUAAAAUCUCAGCUCUGAUGUACCUGUCUGCACUUUUACUUCUUGCUGGUCUUCAUCCUGUGUAUUCUUGACUAGUUCCCAUUCAGCAAAUAUCUGUCAGGCAUAAUAAUUUCAAGCAUUAAUCCUUACAGGAAUUAACCAGCUUGUUAGUUGAUGACCUGAACUAGAUAGUUUAUGGGGAUUAUUGCUAUUUAAAUCUCACCUACGUUUUAAGCAGAGGCAACAUGCCCUGCUUGGGUUUCUUUUAUUUCUUUUUUUUUAUUUUUUUUUUCUGCACUGAUGUAGCUUUGGAUUGCCAUCUCCUCUUUCACUCCCGCAGCACGGGAGGAGGCAGAGAGGAAGUCCUGUGCUUCCUCCUGCAUUAGUAAGGAGGAAGCCACUGGUUUCUCUUCGUGCCAGACUUGCUCGUGCUGCCAGCUGUGCCGAAUUGCUGCUCUAACACCCAGUGGAUGCCGGGCUGGAUUGUGGUUGCCAUGCUAGGAACCCACCAGGGAGCUUUGAUGGAAUCACCACAGACUUUUACCUACCCUUUUUACCAGAUUCCCCAGGAUUUUGCUUCUUCAAAUGCGAUGACUCAGCAGCUACAGGAUGAAUUUGACAGUAGUGUGGAGAAUGCAGAAGCUUGGAUGAAGGCCAUCCAAGAGAGACUGAGGAUCAAUGACAACACCAAAGGACCUCGAUCUGCCCUAGAAGCCAGACUGAGAGAGACUGAGAAAAUACGUGCACUGGAACCAGAAGGCAGCUUGAAAAUGGAUUUGAUUCUUGUGAAGGCAGAUGCUGCUCUUCGCAGCAUCGGUGAGGAUAAGAAGCAUGAGGUGCUCUCUAAACUAAAAGACAUUAAAGCCUUGUGGGAAGAGACAGCCAUAUACAUUACUCACUGCCACAGCCGCAUUGAGUGGGUCUGGCUGCACUGGAGCGAGUACCUGAAAGCCCAAGAUGAGUUUUACACAUGGAUUCACAACAUGAGAGUGACCUUGGAGCCUGACAUUGAGUUGCAGCUUGGCUUAAAGGAGAAGCAGUGGCAGCUGAGCCAUGCUCAGGUUUUGCAGAAUGAUGUCCUAAAUCAGUCAGUCCUGCUGGAAAGGUUGCUGGAGGAAGCUGCUUCGUUGUUCAGCAGGAUAGGUGACUCCAGCGUUGAUGAGGAUGCUCAGAAGAAAAUGAGGGUGGAAUAUGAAGGAAUCAGACAAGAAGCUCAGAACAGAGUGAAACUGCUUGAAACCAUAACCAAGGAACAUGAGCACUACAGCACCAAUGUCAACCAGUUUCAAUCGUGGCUGAAUGGUGUCACAGAGAGAUUAAACUGCUGCAUUGGAGAAAAAACCAAGUCUUCAGCAGAGGACAAGCUAAAGGCACUGAAGGAAAUUGCCAAAGACAUUAGGAGUGGUGGAAAAAAAUGGAAGCACCUUGAAAGUCAGUGUGCAGAGGUGAUUCAGAAUACCUCUCCACUUGGAUCUGCAAGACUGAAGGAUGAACUUGAAGAGCUAAGAAAAGCCUUAGAGAAGUUGAAACUGCUGAGCAGUCAGGAGGAGGAGAGAUUGCUCAAAAUCCAACAGUCUGAAAGUGCCUAUGAGUCCCAAGUCAGACAAUUAGAAGCAGACAUCCAGAAGCUGAGAACAGAUCUACAGAGACUGGAAAAUGAUCUGGACCCUGGGGAAGGGGAAAAGACUGAAGAUGAGUUUGUAACUCUUUGGAAAAAAUGCAAUGCAACAAGAGCAGCUCUGGCUGCAGAAGAGUCAAAGAUUGAGAGGCUGAAGGCUCAGCUUAAGGAUCUGCUACGGUUUUCCCAAGAUGUGCAGCCACACGCUGAGAGUGUUGUCUCUGUAAUACACCAGUAUCAAAGUGUUAGAGGCAAGACUUCUAAAAUGAGCACUGAUACAGAAACCCAACUGAGAAGACUGAUCCAAAAUCCCCUGCAAAGUUUUGAGCAGUGGAAGCCAUCGGUCCAGAUGCUCCUGGAGACUCCAGAGCCAGAACUGGCUCACAUUGAGGCUGCUCUAGCUGAAAGCUCCCAGUUCAAAGAGAAGUUAAUGACAUUACAGCUAAAGAAAGAUUUGCUAAACAAUGUCCUUGGUGAGGAAAAAGCAGAGUCUUUCCUUCAAGAAGUAGCUGAAGCUUCAAAGGAGAGAGAAAUUCUACACAAAAGUCUGCUGCAAAGCAAGAGCAAACUCCAGAAUUUGAUAUUGCAACAUAAGAACUUUGAUGCUGGUUUUGCACCAUUGCAGAAGAAAUUAUCUGCCAUCAAAGCCAAAUUAGAUCUGGAGAAGGAACCACGGCCUGACCUCUUGGGUAAAAAGACACAACUCCAGAGACUCCAGAUGAUCCAGGAUGACUUGGCAGAGCUUGCAAUUCACAUGGAGGAGGUAGAGAAGCUUGUUCAGUCAAAUACCACUCACAGGCAUGAAAUGAACCAACUUUCAUCUGACUCUCAGGCCCUGAAGAGAUCACUGGAGGUGAUGAUACAGCAGAGUGAAGACCAUGUUCAGAAGCAUUGGGCAUAUAAUGACAAACUGUCUGAUCUCCAGCAGUGGAUCUCAAUAACCAGGGAGAAGAUUGACUCCUGCCAGGAUGUUGAUGGAGAGCAGAACAUAGAGGGCAGGCUGGAAGACCUGGAGAGACUGCUAGCUGAGUUUCCUGAUAAGGAGAUCCAGCUGCACCUUGUGGAAGCUCAUGGCCAGCUGGUCAUGGAGAAUUCUUCCCCAGAGGAGACUGCCCAUGUGCAGGCAGAGCUGGAUCAGCUGAAAGAGUCGUGGAAAUCACUGAAGGAGAUGGCAACUGGCCUCCUCAAAAAGUGGCAGUUAAACAGACCAGUGGGUGACAAGAAGAAGAAAGGAGCAUUUGUGGACAGCAGAUGGAUGUCUAGACCUGCUUUCCACCUUUUUGAUGUCGAUCCCAGCCAUAAGCAGGAGAAGAUGAGAGAAGGGCAAAGUAUAAGCAGCCACUUGAAGCUCCUACAUGACUUUGAAGAGUGGCUACGAGGGGAAAACACCAAACUGACCAAAAUUCUUGCUGGUACUCCAUCUUCUGCAGAGGAAAUUAAGGCACACCAGAGCAAACUUGAGGAGCUGCAGUCUCGUGUGCCUCAUGGUCAGCAUCUCUUUGAGGACCUCCUUCAUCUUCAUCCUGUCAUUGGGAGCUCUGAAGACCUGGAGGACCUGCGUUACCGAUGGAUGCUCUACAAAUCUAAGCUGAGAGAGUCCCUGAGUUCACCUGAGAGUGCUGGAUCUUUGGAGGAACCAGACAGAUUCAGAAAGAAGCGUUCAGGAGGCGUGUGCUCAUACCUGCAUCGUGUGUGCCGGGCAGCACUGCCCCUGCAGCUGCUCCUCCUGCUGCUCCUGCUCCUGGCCUUCCUCCUGCCCCUGGCAGAAGAGACCCACAGCUGCACUCUGGCCAACAACUUCGCUCGCUCCUUCAAGCUGAUGCUGAGAUACGACGGCCCUCCUCCAACAUAAGCCCUUGGCAUGGCACGAGGUGACUGGCAGAAGUGCAGGCUCUUUGUUUUUAAUUGCAGCUGUUGUAGAUUUUAGGGUUUUUAACGCGGCCAUCACGUCAGCUGGGUAGAUCACAUAAUUGCAACGUAAAAUUAACCCACUUUAAUCAGGUAUUUGAGCAAAAUUGAUAUUUUUACAAUUUUUUUAUCAUUGUAUUUAUAAUAUGUAUAUAGAGAUUAUGUAUGUAUGUAUAUAUAUAUGUAUAAAUGCAUAUCUGUAAUUGAACUAACAACCGCCAUCCUCUCAUCCACUGAUUAAGGAUAAUUCUGCAAUGUUUCUGCCAUCUUUCAGCAAGCAAUACUGAAAGAUGGUAUUGUGGGAUUUUUCCCAUAAGGUUCUUGUUUACAACAUAAGUCAGAGCAAGUAUGAGAACAUGUGAUCAUGCACCAGAGUGUAAACUGGAGAGCAGUAGAAUCAUGUUUGAAUAGAGUGGUUGACAUUCAGCCCAGGGAAGAUUUGGACUAUUCCCUUUGAAAUCUUGAGCUGGUUUUUCAGUAUCUGGAUACAGGGAUUGCAGAAGCGAAUAGAAAUGUUUCUACUGACUUCAGCAGGAGUGGGGGUGGACCUCCUCUUGUUCUUAUUUUUUACCAGAUUUCUUUUCCAAUUACUGUAUUUUCCAGCCCACCUGAAUCAGGAGAGGUGGAAUACAGUGGGAAGAAAGCUAGAAAAGAAUAUAUUUUUUUAGCAUCUCUCUAGCAGGAGAACUUUUAAAAUCACGUCAUAAUUUUCUGAACAAAUGUGUGAGCACUGAACAAAACCUCGUAUCACCAAUCUUGUCUAUAAAAAAAGAGUGGGUUUUUUGUUAGUUUUUUUGUGUUUGUGAGGUUUUGUGGUUUGGUUUUUUGGGUUUUUUACUUUAUAAAGAGGCAUUUGGUAACGGAUUAUAAAGCCUAAACAGUGGGAUACAGCCUGGCUCAGUGUCAGUAAAGCAAAAGUUGGAAGUACUUUAAUAAUACCACCCUGGAAACAAGAUUCCUACCUAGUAUUCUUUUGUAUUAAUGGUUUACUGAAACUGUGUAAACUGAUUGUAUCAAAGACAGUCAAGCAUAGAUUUCUAUGUAAUCUAAACUCUAAAA